CUUCCUUGCGACUUCAGACUGUCCACAUCUCCCCGAUUUUGGCAUGGAAACUGUGUGGUGAUAUCCAUUUUCACGUGUAGAUUUCUACUAUCGACUGUGUUAUUUAGAUUAUUCAGUUACCUAUAUUCUUUUGAAUAUAAUUUGUUUUAGAGUUUUUUAAAAUACCGAUAGCUUUUUCACGUGUUAUAACCGAUUCACUAGGAAAAUGCCAGCGACGCACCAGAUUGGAAACAUGAGAGGUUCAGUGAGUAGCCCGGAGACGGAGCCGUUGACUCCUGAAUUUGAGAAUUUGAAUUUCUCUCGAGUCUUCGACUCAAAUGCAGAUUCAUCACCGCAAUCCAUGUUCACCGACAGUGGAGAGCAUCCGUUGGCGAACUCUAUCUCGCAGGUUCUAAACUAUCAGAGAGGCUACUCUAGUUCCCCGAACUCUGCGUCCACGCCUCCGCUCAAGAAUGUCUUUGACUUUCCAACUCGAAUGAUGAGUGGCCACUGGGACUUAAUUCGAGCAUGCAUUCGUUCGAUAGAGUGAACAACUUACGCAGAAAUGAAUCUUUGAAUUUGCAGUCUCCUCCAUUCGGGUCAAGAGCUAUCAGAGGCUCUCCUCCAAUUAGUGAAGGAAGUAGCCCAAGCAGGGAUCCCCAUGCAUUGUACGGACCACCUAGAGCUAUCACAAACACACGCUCCAAUUCUCCGGCUUAUGGUGAUCUCAGAGAUUUCAAGCAUAACUACUUAGGUUCGGAGCAGGAAUUGGUCAACUUGCAACAGUUGCUUGCCUUGCGGCAUGCCCCCGAGACAUCGCCGACAAUGGCGACUGUGGCGGCACUAACGCGCUUGGUUGAAGUUGAUCCGCAGCUUUAUCAAAUGCUGCACAAUUUGUCGAUUCAGAAGAAUCAGAAACCGGCUCCGCAGUCUUGGCCUAAUUCACCAUCGGUGGAUGCGAACGGCACUGAGUUUAACUAUAGUGUUGCAAGCGGAGGCAGCAGCUCCAAUGACAGAUACAGCAUCGGUCGUGGCAGUGCCUUCAAUGGAUCUUUCAACGGCAAUGGAUCCUUCAACGGCAAUGGAUCUUUCAACGGAAAUGGAGCCUUCAACGGCAACGGCGCAAUGGCUGCCGCCAAUGAACAGGCUCUGUUUGAGGAAGCGGCCAGAUAUCAUAGAAGUGCUUCAAUUAGGCAGAUCGAUUGCCCGUGUUAUGAUGGUGACUUCCCGAUCCGCGAGUACAACAAUCCGACCUAUUCUGUCAAGGUGUUUUUGGGCGGCGUGCCUUGGGACAUCACCGAAGAGAAUCUGAUUGAGGACCUGAGCCCGUUUGGGCGUGUGAGUGUGCAGUGGCCUAGCAGUCAGACUGGCAGGGGAGCCUCGCUGCAAGAUCAGAGCCAGGCGCUGAGCUUGGUGGCUGACAGGAAGGAUGGUCACAAGAAAGGAUACGUCUAUGUGAUUUUUGAAGCUGAUGCGCAGGUGAAAGCAUUACUAUCAGCGUGCAGUCAGGACUUGAACAAAGGACCGGAUACGCUGUUCUAUCCCGUAUCAUCGAAGAAGUACAAAAAUAAGAUGACCCAAGUGAUUGCCUGGCCGUUAGAGAACCUCGGAUACAGAUAUUCCGAUAAGGUGCAGGUGAUCCCGUGGGCGACCAACGACAGCAGUCACACAAAAUCAUCGCAGGCGACGUUCGAUCCGAAGUUCACGGUUUUUGUCGGAGCACUUCAUGGAGUCAUGCAUGCCGAGUUCCUUUUCAACGUUUUUGAUAAACUCUUUCAGGGAGUUAUCUACACAGGAAUUGAUACUGACAAAUACAAGUAUCCGAUCGGCUCAGCCCGUGUCAUGUUCAACAACCGAAGCAGUUACAUGCGCGCUGUCAAUGCCGAAUUUGUUGAGAUAAAGACUCCAAAAUUCGCCAAGACGGUCCAAGUUGACCCCUACCUGGAAGAUUCUGAGUGCAGCCUUUGCCAUACCCUGCAGGGGCCCUAUUUCUGCAAGGCGAUCGUCUGCUUCCGCUACUUCUGUCACAACUGCUGGCAACUUUGGCACAAGAAUAACGGCUGCACCCAGCACCAGCCUCUGAUGCGCAACUCGAAGACCAACACUCCGGUGCGCCCUCGUGUGACAUCACAGUCGGGCAGUCUGAAUGCGUCACUGUCGUCUGGUGGAAACGUCAACGUCAACAACAAUUACUGGAAGUAUCCGUCGCCCUCUCUGGGGCGUGGCGCUGAUGGUAUCAGAGGCAACAUGGAAUGAACUACUAAGCAGAUUCAUUCGGUGGCAGACGGAGCACAGGAGGCGGUGGCAGAUUUUAUAAUAAGAAUGAGAACGACUUGGGAAAUUUUGUAACUUGUAAGACUGAUUUAGCAUAGUUAUUGCUUUUAAUAUAUGCUAAACGAACUUACGCUAUCAUUCUAAGUCUUAAUCUUAAACUAUUGAUAAUAAUUAAUAACCGUGCCUCUCGUCUACCUAAAGCCUGAACUAUUAUUAACUUAAUCAAUUUGUAUUUUCAUUGAACUGCUUUAAGUUAAUUGUUUUUGCUGUAGAAACUAUGAAAUCGACUGGUGAUGUCUAGUCUGUUAAGUUGAAUAUUAAUUCCACUUUUAUAGUUUCUUUUUUUCGUUUUUUUACUUUUUUAUGAAUGUGAAAUUCGUAUAUCUUAGAUAUAGACAAAUUUAUUGUUUAAUUUAUGUUUUUGAUAUUUUAUGAAAUAAUUAUCCAUUAUAAUUGUUACAACUAUCGUAAUUCAUCAUCAUUGAUUGAUACAGAAUAAUUAAUAAUUAUUGUUGAGAAGAGAUCAGUGCUACUACCUGCGGUAGAAAUAAUAAUUAUUAAUACCUAUUUAAAUAGAUAUCAGAAUUUGUGAAAUGUAUUUUUGUGUGUAGCAAAUAAUUGCAGAUUAUUUGUGUUACAAUAUCAAUCAUAUUAAUAGCAAUUUGAGAAGAUGAAUAAAUAAUUAUCAUAAUAUUCACUCAUUGUAUACGAAUAGCCAGCCUGGAUGUUUCUUAUAAUUUCUGGUCAUAGACUGAAGAGUUGACAAUAAUGAGUUUUUUUAAACACUAAAGUUGAAAAAAAUGAAAAAAAAAAUUUUAAAAUUAUAACGGUGGAGGAAUUGUUCUCUGGGGAUGUUUCUUGUAAUAAUAUUGAUAGAGAAAAAAGUAUUUUUCGCUUAAUUGUUGUCAAUUUAUAAGCAUAUUAUAUCCUAAUACGGCCUCUAUGGUUCAGAAUGAAUACAAUAUUAUUUGUAACCUGUAUGGUUUGACAUAGAUAUAUAAUUUAUUACAUAAAUAUGGCCUAAAUGGAGUAGCACACUCUCGUAUUUUCUUAAUGUAUAACCAAGAUAUAAAUAAUCAUUAUCGAUGUUAUAAUCGUUCCAAAUCUGAAAUUUAAUUGUUUUAAUGAGCAGAUGUAAUUGAGUUUUUCUUGCAAUUUUAAAGAUUUUGAGGAUAGAUAAUGUUCAGUUCACUACGCCAGUAGUAGAUGAAUAAUAUAUUAAUUUUUGUAAGAACAUAAUCAUAUUUUAAUCAGGGUUGUUUAUGCAUCAAUGUUAUUGCAUAGAGCGAGUGUGGGUAGAGAUGACGUUGGAAAUUGAAAUUUUGUCAAAAUGUUGAAGUGGUCUUUGAAAAUUCAAGUGAUUUCUCUUGAGUUGUUUGGAAAAUUGUGAACCACCAGAAAAAGUAAUUGACAAAAUUUCUGUAAAUUUGGGGAGAGUUUGAUGUGAGUAGCAGGAGCAUUUAUACAAAAUUUUCAAUUUAUAAUCAAAAUACUGUACUUUUUUGUUUAAUUUUUUUGUUGAAAUGCUACAAUUUGUUUUAGGAAUGAUAUUUCCAUAUAUCAUAUAACCGUACAUUUUUAAAAUAUAGCAAUUAUCGUUUAAUAACUUUAUUGCGGUAAUUUAUUUUAUGUUUUAAAUGGUUUGUAAACUUAACAAAUUGCUAUUUUUGGUUUAAGUUUUCAACAGUAAUAUUUAUCUUGUUCAACCAUUUCAUAAUCGACUAGAGAAAUUUGAAUGACAAAUGUGGAAGUUGGUAUGAUAUUGUCUCCAGACAAUAAGUAUGUUGGGAUUUUGAAAUUUAUCUAAUAUGUAAAACUGAUAAAAAAAUGUUUGGAAUUUUGUAAAAGCUUAUUUUUAGAUGAAUAUGAUUUAUCAGAUUAUUUUUGUUAAAUUUAAUGUAUUCUCAAUGUUAUCAAAUUCAAUUAUAUAGAGUUUACAUUGUAAUUUCCAUGUUAUAAAAUAGAAAAUAUAUAGAAUACCUACAUAAGUUAUUAUUGAAAUAUAAUCAGAUUAAACACAA